AUAAUGUUAAAUAAAAGUAACAUUUAAUUAAUACUUAAGUUCAUUUAUGAAAUACAAUUCUAAAUAUAAUCAUGAGACUUUUCGUAUUUGGAUUGGAAAUCAGCCUUAUAUAGUUAUUUCAGAUCCUAAAGAAGUUGAAGUUGUUCUGUCAAGUAACACAUUAUUACAAAAAGCCUCUACAUAUGAACUUUUACAUCCAUGGUUAGGUGAAGGCUUAUUAACAGCCAAUGGCGUUAAAUGGUUCAAACAUCGUAAAAUGAUUACACCAUCAUUUCAUUUUAAAAUUUUAGUCGAUUUUCACGAUAUAAUGAAAGAAAGGUCAAAAAUAUUUGUUAAACAUUUAAAAUUAAAAGCUGAUACAAAAGAAAUUUUUGAUAUACAAGAAAAAGUACAUUAUACAACAUUAGAUGUUAUUUGUGAAACAGCAAUGGGAACAGCAAUAAAUGCAUUAGAAAAUAAUAAUUCAGAAGUUGUAAGAGCCUUUCAAGAUUUAUGUUAUGUUAUAGAAAAUCGAACAUUUAGUCCAUUUAUGGGUAAUCCAAUAUUAUUCCGUUUAUAUAAAGAGCAUGGAAUGCAAGAAAAAGCAUUGAAGAUAUUGAAAUCUUUUUCAAUGGAUGUUAUAGAAAAGCGCCGAAAUCUAAUUAUGAGUGAGGAAGCAAAUGGAAACACUAAUUCGGAUGGUAUUGGUAAAAAGAAACAAGUAUUUUUGGAUACUUUAUUGACAUCUACUAUUGAUGGAAAACCGCUAACGAAUCAAGAAAUAUUUGAAGAAGUUCAAACCUUUAUGUUUGAGGGGCAUGACACAACUUCUUCGGGAAUUACAUUCGCAAUUUUUCUUUUAUCAAGACAUCCCGAAAUCCAGAAAAAAGUUUAUGAAGAACAAAAAUCACUCUUUGGCGAUGACCUUAAAAAUUUCGAUCCAUCUUAUCAGGAUAUACAGAACAUGAAAUAUUUGGAUAUGGUUAUUAAAGAAUGUCAACGAUUAUAUCCUAGUGUACCAUUAAUUGCACGAGAAACAACUGAAACUAUUGAAUUAAAUGGAAAAAUCAUACCAAAAAAUACAGCUUUAUCAUUAUUCCUUUUUGCAAUGGGAUAUAAUGAGAAAUAUUUUCCUGACCCGUAUAAAUUUGAUCCAGAAAGAUUUAGUAUUGAUCGAGAAAAGGCAAAUCCAUUUGAAUAUGUACCAUUUAGUGCUGGUCCAAGAAAUUGUAUUGGUCAAAAAUUUGCCAUGCUAGAAAUGAAAUCAAUUGUCUCACAUGUUGUAAGAAAUUUUAAAAUUUUACCACCAAGUGAUGAAUGUUUAAAAGUUAAUGGAGAUUAUGAAAAUUUGGGAAAAUUUGAUUAUGACCCAGUUUUGGCAGUGGUUUUAACCCUUAAAGCUGAAUACGGUUUAAAAAUUAAAUUGGAAAAUCGUUAAAAAGAAAAAAAAAAUUUUUUAUUAAAAAAAUAUAAAACGUUUAUGUACUUUAAAAUAUUAAAAUUUUGUUUUAAAAAUAAAAAUUUAAAA